CCCAGAGUUUCACCAGGAGGCGCCGCUCUCUGUCAGAGGCUCUUCACACCUUUUGCUUUGUGACACUUUUCAAUCUUCCAGAAGUUUGUCCUUUUCAUCGAGACGCUUGAAGACCCUUUGCAAAGAUGGCGUUCCUACGUGCGUCGUUGCUGUUGGUCUUCUUAACCCUCCUCUACUGGACAACCACCUCUGCUCUGUCACAUGACCCCACCUUCAACUACACCAAUUCUCGACCCCACACCAGGGUCAAGAGAGCCCUGCCCUACUUUACUCAAGAGAAAACAAGGGAAGUUUUAGAGGGAGGAAAAGCCGCUCUGGCUUUAGUCAAAGAUGCGUUUGGCUUGGCUCAUACCACAAGAACGCUGACAGGCAUAACAAAGACGAUUGCGCAGGGCAUGAGCAUGUUGCCAAGUGUUUUAGGUCUGAUGUUCUCCUUUGUCAACAUCAUCUUGGCCUUCAUUCCUCAGGAGAGCCCCACAGACCAGCUGCAGGCUGAUCUGGAUGAGGUGAACAGGAAGCUGGACUCUCUCUCCAUGGAGAUCUCCAACCUGGCAACGGAUGUGGAAUGGCACAACUACGCCAGCGUCUACUCUCAGGACGAGGUCCGCAUCCUCAACGCCUGGAAGAACUUCAAUGAGAUCUUCAAGAGUUCCAUGCCAGCACAGAGUGAAGAGAAAAAGAUCCGUCUGGCUGAGAUGUUCACCACCUUCUAUGAGAACACAGCCACUGAAGGCAGCGUGACCAGCCUCUACCACUACCUGACCAUCAGGGGCACGUCUCUCAGCAAGAACCUGCUCGACAUCCUGACCAGGAAGUCUAAAUGUAGCAUUUAUGACAUAGGCAUGUACAGCAUCUAUUUCAACAGCCUGAUGUAUAGGGGGAUGUUCCUCAACCAGGUCUACUGGAGUCUGAUGGGUUUCGACCCGUCAGUCAAGGCAGCUGAAUACGCCUCAAUGAUGAAAAAAAUCGUCAAUGCUGAGAAAGAAGCUGUGAACUAUUGCAAGAGCAACUACAAGAAGUACGUGAAGAUGGAUGUGGUGGAGAUCAGCAAAAAACACAGCUACAGUAACAAAGAAGAAAUUGCUAGACAGAUAAAAUGGGCAUUGGACAAGAAGUACUUCUGGUACAGCUGGGUGGUGGUGGUGUACGACACGAAGCAGGACUACCCUGACAAAACAGAUGGUUUCACUGUAAUCCCAAUGGAGAAGAUCACCGUCGCCGUGGGUGAAACUAAUAUUGGGUCAUAUGGGACCAAAAGGGACAAAGUCUUGAAUUGCAUUCCCAAGAAAACCUGCAAUGACAUGUUUGCAGAAAUCAAAGGAAAUGGCAACAGUUGCCCUGUUCAGUACUCCACAUCAUUAAUUGUACAUUAUACUGAAAAUAGACCCCUAUACCAAGUUAUCUAUUUCAUGUCUUAUGUCAAACUGAUGCAUAUCUCUUAUGAAAAGAAAUCUGUUGUGUUUCCUCCACCCAUCUACCAACAAGACUGUUCAUGGUACAGUUCAUACACAGGCUCGCUCUCCUUGUAUUACUCAGGAAGAACGGAUCUCUGCAAAUCUUUCACUCCCUGUAAGAAUGGUGGCACAUGUCAGAUGCUGUUUGAGUCCAACCAAUGGGUGUGUGAAUGUCCAGACGGUUACGAAGGAUACACAUGUGAGAAAAAAAUUCCGACCUUCAGUCAGGACAUCAAGAAAUUUGUGUCUCAACCUCUGCCCGCCAUCAGCACCUUGAAGGAAUCUCUUGAUAAGAUUUACUCACUCCUGCAGCGGAAUGGCUGACAGACGCCUCCAGACGACUGAUG